GACGGGUCUAGAGGUUCUGUACACAAAUAUCAAGGGCUGCUUAAAUUUUUUAUCACGAGAUGUAACCAUUCUUUCAUCGGACCUAGUGAACAUUUUCUCCAGAUAUCUCCCUGAUAGUCUGUAUUAACGCCAGGGUUGGCUUGAAGGACGAGGAGCUCAGUCUUCAUUGGGUUAAGUUGUAGGUGGUGUUCCUUCAUCCAGGCCGAGAUGUCUGCCAAACAGGCCGAGAUUCAAGCAGUCACCGUGGUUUCGUUGGGCUGGAAAGACAAGUAGAGCUGUGUGUCAUCGGCUUAGCAGUGCUCACUAAUCUUGAUGCCGUUUUCUGUGCCAAUCUGACUGAUUGAGAAAGAAAGAGAACACAGUAAGGAUGAGUGGCAUGGCGCUCGCGCUGGAGGUGGUGGUGGUAUUCUUUCUCGCGCUCUUCCUCCUGCAUCGCUAUGGAGAUUUCCGCAAACAGCAGCGAAUGGUGCUGUUCGCCACCCUUCUCGCUUGGUUCCUGUGCUUCCUCAUCGUCUUCAUCCUUCCGCUAGACGUCAGCACGACCAUAUAUAACCAGUGUAAGAUUGAUAAUCAGGUCCACCUGGUGACGAGCAACACUUUCAACCUUGAUAAUUCUUCCAACUCCUCUGUAUUUCCAACACAAAGGGUACUGAAGGCUUGUCAUAAGCCUUGGAGUUAUAUCCCAGAUGGAAUUCUGCCCGUGUUCUGGAGGGUGGUGUACUGGACAUCACAGUUUCUAACAUGGCUCUUGAUUCCCUUCAUGCAGUCGUAUGCACGAUCAGGUGGUUUCUCUAUCUCAGGGAAGAUAAAAACAGCCCUGAUAGAAAACGCCAUUUAUUAUGGCACAUACCUGCUUAUCUUCUGCUCUCUGCUCAUCUACGUGGCCGUCAGUCCGCAGUGGCACCUCUCCUGGUAUGACUUGCGAACAAUUGGCAUUACAGCAGCCAAUACCUGGGGGCUGUUUUUGCUGGUGCUGUUGCUAGGAUACGGCCUAGUGGAAAUCCCGCGCUCUUAUUGGAGGGCAUCAUGCCACGGGCAACUGCUGGCAAAGACGUAUUUUAAAGCAGCAAAACUGAUGACAGAGAAAGCAGACGCCGAGGAAAACCUGGAGGAUGUCAUGGAGGAUGUCAGAACAGUAAAUGAGACUAUCAAAUACAACCACCCUCUGAGGAAAUGCAUUGACACGAUUCUGAGAAAGUGUCCUGUAGAGUACCAGGAAAAGUUGGGCAGGAACAUGGACGAUUAUGAGGACUUUGAUGACAAGGGAAACCCUUAUCCUAGUAAAAAAAGUUUAGUCAAACUGCAUAAACGGGUGAUCUAUGCUGUCCAGAGGCAUAACCGCACGCAUGUGCAGUGGCAGAUUCUAUUGGACGAGGCUUUUCACUUAGAGGAUGUAGCCAAAAAUGAGACAAGCUUGACUCACCAGUUCAUUCACAGCUUCCCCACUGCCGAACCACCUGGAUGGAUCAGCAAGUACCUGUACACUCCCAUUGUGGAGUGGUAUUGGGAGUGUGUAUUCCGGCGCUGGUGUUAUCGUGUGCUGGCUGUGGUUUUGUGUCUCUUCUCUGCAGCAGUGGUCUGGUCUGAGUGCACUUUCUUCAGCACACAGCCCAUUCUGUCUCUCUUCGCUGUCUUCAUCCAGCUUGCAGAGAGAGACUACAACUACGUUUAUAUAGAGAUGGCGUGCUUUAUCACCAUAUUCUUCCUGUGUUACUGCGUCUACUCCACUGUGUUCCGAAUCCGAGUCUUUAACUAUUACUACCUGGCUCCUCACCAUCAGACGGACGCCUACAGUCUUCAGUUCAGCGGCAUGUUAUUUUGUCGUUUGACGCCUCCGCUGUGUCUGAAUUUUCUGGGAGUGAUUCACAUGGAUUCCACCAUCUCACACCAGCAGAGACAGCAGACAGCGUACACAUCAAUAAUGGGGUCCAUGCAGGUCCUGUCUUUCAUCGCCAAUGGAUUUUAUAUCUACUACCCCAUGCUCAUUGUUUUGCUCUGCAUUGCAACUUACUUCAGUUUGGGUACACGCUGUCUGAAUUUGCUGGGCUUUCAGCAGUUUAUGGGGGAGAAUUAUCUGACCUCUGACCUUGUGGACGAGGGGAGAGAACUAAUUCGUAGAGAGAGGAGGAAACGGCAGAGAACAGAAGAUGGAGAAAGCAGGCGAAGAGAUUGGAGGGAGCGCUAUACUGACCAAAGGGAGAGAUACGGAGGCAGGAAUAGAAGUGCAUACUCAGAGCUGAAGGAGGCAGACAGUUUCAGCACAGAUACUGUCAAAGCUCCAUCUCGAAGAGAUCGUAGCGACAAGGCUGAGUUACUAAAGGAUGUUGAACCACUGGACUUCAAUGCAGAUGAACCAUUGGAGACAGAAAAUAGGAGGUACGCUGGAGGGCAUUAUCUCUCUACCUCUGCAUCUCGUGCCUGCAUCUUUGAUGAUGUAUGAAAGCAAAGAAAACAAGGAAGUGAAACUGUUUGCACUUUUUAACUUUAUACUCUUCCUGAAGUGACAGUGACGGACUGCAGCUGUAAAGGUUCUGUGUGUUGGGGGGGGGGGGGGGGGUAUUAUGCUAUAAAUGUGGACAUUCUUGUGUCCCCAUAAUUCAAAUAACUAAACUAUGUUUUUUUUUGAAAAUGUAAAAAUGCAGAAAGAUUUUUGUGAGGGUUAGGUUUAGAGGUAGGGUUAGGUUUAGGGGAUAGAAUCUAUAGUUCGUACAGAAUAAAAAUCAAUAUGUCUAUGGAGAGUCCUCAUAAGGAUAGCCGCACCAACGUGUGUGUGUACGUGUGCGUUUACUGCGUGGUAGUUCACCCCAAAAACCCAUAAUAUUAUAAUAAUUUUGUUGCAAACCCAUAUGACUUUAUUUCUUUCAUUGAACACAAAAAGAGAUGUUAGGUGGGAUGUUUAUGCUGCUCUUUUCCAUACAACAAAAGUCAAUGUGGAUGGACACUGUCCAGCUCCAGUAAUGUAAAAAAAACAAAAAGCACCAUAAAAGUUGACUGUUAAGACCCCCUCUCUGCCAUAGCUCUCAAAUCACAUUCAAGUUCACAAAUGGCAGCAGGUUUCUCGCAUGUCUCCUGACAGAUCAUGUCAAGACAGGAGAUUUAAGAACUGCGACAGAGGGGAAGAUUUUCCGUGACUAACAACUUAAAUUUCUGUUUGUUUGUCACACAAAGCUAUCGUAUGGCUCAGUGUCAGAAACGUUUGCAUUAAUGAGUAAUAAAAGAAAAUUAAAAAAUACCUGGUAUUAAGAUGCCUUUUGGGUGUUCCGAUCACAUGGGGUCAGGUGAGACACAUCGCUGUUUACACCUGGUCACUUAAAUGUGUCUCCUGUAACCACUUAUGAUCAGAUUUGGAGGGGAGGGUCUCUGUUUCAUGAUGACAUACAUCAAUCACUACGUAAGUGUUACUGCAUGAUAUUAAAGCGCAACAAAGUCAGAAAAGACAAAGAAAGCGCGAAAAAACGGUGUGCUGUUUCUCCCAGAUGCGGUUGAAAUGUAAUCUAAGCACAAAUGUCAAGCAGAAUUAUCCGUUGUUUUAUUGGAUUACCUGUAUAAAAGGGGCUUCGGGUGUUUGUGCUUCUCAUUUGUGUUGAUAUCAGACACACUAAAAAAGAUCUGUGAAGUUCUUGUGCUUGUGUAUGUAUCUGUUUUUGUUUUGUUUUUCUCAAUCGGACGGUUAUUUCCUUUUAAAGCCGCUCGUACCCGACAAAGUUUGAACUCUUGUUUUAGCUCAGCAAUUGAUUGACAGGUGAGGGGUGGUGCUUCACUGCUGCCCGGACGCAUACAGGACACAUUAGUGUUUACACCUCAAAUGCAAUCUGGUCACAUGCGUUUUUGACCACAUUCGUAUGUGGUUUCUGUUAUCCUAUCACAAAACGGUUUAGACCCCCUUUAAAUGUGUAUUUAGCACUGACCACAUGUGAACGGAUCACCCGAAAUGCAUCUUUAUACCAGGUGGAAACAGGGUUCUAUGACAGCAUAUAAUUGUUUUUACAAUUUAAAACAAACUGUCUCAUUCAUUUAUAUCAUAUGUCAAUUUAAUCAAUUCUUUAAUUCCUAUUGUUGAGAAUGUAUUACCUUUUACUCUAAGAGUUAAAUAACUCACAUCUUAUGCCUUUUGUAUAAAUAAGAAAAUAGUAAAAUAUUAACAAUAUUAAUUGUUACUAAUAAAAAACAGAAGAAUUCAUUAAAACCCACAUUUUGAAUUUUGUGGGCAUUUUUGGCACAAGCCCCCCUUCAUAUCUUACCCUGGAAUGGCUUCAAUUAACUUGAAAUGUAGCGCACAAGUCAUAUGGACUGCUUUUGAAACCUGACAGCCCGACGUCAAUAAAUGCUUUCAUUGUAUUAAAAAAGCGCAGCGUGAACAUUCUUUAAAAUUUCUCCUUUUAAGUUCCACUGAAGAAAAAAAUUCACAUAAGUUUGGAGUGAUAUGAGGGUGAGUAAAUGAUGACGGAAAUUUCAUUUUUGGGUGAACUAUCCCUUAACCUCUCAUUGCUCCCUUUAAUUCCGGAUGAAGCCAAAAUACCAAACACUGCAUGCACAGACGUAAUGUAUGCAGUGCUCACUUCAAAGCAAUGAUGGUUGUUUUUUUGUUUAGUUUUUUGUAAAAGUGAUCAUUAUUACAGGUUGUGGCUGAAAAGGGAAAUAAAUAAGGGAUGCAUUCUUUUGGAAUUAUUUUUUGAAAGUUUAAAUAUUAUAUCUAGAAAAUGUAAUAGAAUGUAAAGGCCUAAAUUAAAAAGGGAAUAUUGUCAGGAUAUGGGUCAACCAGAUUCAUGAGGGUUCAAUAGUGCCUGUACUGUUUUUCAUACUCUGACCUGUGUGCCCUGCUUUGACCUCUGACUUUUCAACCUCAGGAUGAUAACUUGUUUGACCAGUAAAUCAUUUACAACAGAAAAGUCUCUCCAUUUUUCUUAUGAGUAUUUUAUAUAAUCGUUCAGUGUUUAAAAAGAUGAUUCACCCCAAAAUGAAAAAUAUUGAAUCAUUUACUCACCCUUGUGUAAUUUUAAACCUGUAUAACUUCAUUUCUUCCAUGUUACACAAAAGGAGAUUUUUGGCAGAACAUAUAGUCAGUCACCAUUCACUUUCAUUGCAUGGAAUAAAAAGAACCAUAAAAGUGAAUGGUGACUGAGGCUAUUAAUCCAUAACAUUCUGCCUAACUUUUGUGUUCCAUGGAACAAAGAAAGUCGUACAGGUUUGUAACGACAUGAGUGUGAGUAAAUGCUGACAGAAUUUUUCUUUUAGGUGAACUAUCCCUUCAAUAGAUCAGAUUCUAAAGUUACCAAGGAAAAUAUAAAUAAAAAAAUGUCUCAUCCUGGUUUAACCAUUCAGCUCUUAUUUGUACUGUAAACAUGAGUCUCUUAUUUGAUGAUCAAACAAUGCAAAAUGUCUGAAUGCAUAUAAAAAAAAUGUAUUUUACUGUUUUACUGUGUCAUGUAUGUCCUAUUUAUUAAAAUGUCUUUCCAUGUCUGUUUCCCUGAA